AUUGUUUCUAACCCUACUUAUUGCAUGGGCCGGUGAAAAUUUUUUUAAUAUAUUUUUGUAUUUCUGUUAUUCUGGUUCUUAACGAAUUAUGGAUUCUUCUGUAUCGGCGUUCUCAAUAUAUAGUGCUCAGAACAUAAAGCGAAAGCCUAAUUUAAAUAUCAAAGAUAAACAUGCACCAUCAAAGAAGUCGAAAGUUACAAAAAAUAUUGCCCCUGAAUUCACUAAAGAAAAAAAUAGAAAUGGUGUUCAAAAAGUUAAAACACGUAAGCGUAAAAGGAAAACAUCUAAAGCAGGUAUUUCAAAAAUACAGAAUGUAAAUGGAGCACUUCACUCUGAUGAUGAAAUUCCUAUUCUAAUACCUAUAAUUGAUAAACAACUCCACCAAAAAACUACAGUGAAAUUAGAUAAGCCAAGACAAAAGAACAGUUCUAUUGAAAUUAGUUCUGAGAAGGAGUUACAAUUAAAAAAACGUAGGAUAAAUAUUUCUACAACUGUGUUUAAUCCUGUAAUACAAGGUAUAGGAAUAUUUAAGUGGAUAAUAGAUCCUAUUACACCCAAGGAAUUUUUUGAGAAGUAUUGGGAAAAAGAUGUCUUGUAUAUUAGUAGGUCAGACACAGCUUAUUUUGAAAACAUCUUUAGUACUUACAAAUUAGAUAGUAUUUUAAGGGAAUACCCUUUACAUUUUACAAGAAAUAUAGAUGUUGUUGUUUACGAGAAUGGAAAAAAAGAAGUAUUUAAUCCUGAAGGUAGAGCAGUGCCAUCACAACUGUGGGAUUAUUAUUCAAAUGGAUGUAGUAUCAGGGUUUUGAAUCCCCAAUCAUAUGAUCAAAAUAUUCAUUCUAUAAUUUCAAGUCUUCAAGAAUAUUUUGGAACUAUGGUUGGUACCAAUCUUUAUCUAACACCUCCAGGAAGUCAGGGAUUUGCACCUCAUUAUGAUGAUAUUGAAGCAUUUAUAAUUCAGUUAGAGGGGAAGAAGCAUUGGAAGUUGUAUAAACCAAAGCAUGAGGAUGUACUCGCAAGAAAUUCAAGUAUGAAUUUUAAAGCAGAAGAGUUAGGACCACCUUUUAUGAAAGUUACUCUAAAUGCUGGAGAUGUAUUGUACUUUCCAAGAGGCACAAUUCAUGAAGGACAUACAACUCCUGAUGCUCAUUCACUACAUAUCACUGUAUCAGUUUACCAACAUACAGCUUAUGCAGAUUUACUAGAACAAAUAUUACCAAAUGCCAUAAAAAAUGCUGCAGCAAAAGAUGUAGAGUUUAGGAAAGGGUUACCACUUAAUUAUUUAAAACAUUUAGGAAUAGUAAAUCAAAAUGACCCUUCGACUAAGAGGGAGUUUAUGGUAAAUAAAGUAAAAUCUUUGAUAGAAUCGCUAGUGAAUUAUAUAGACGUGGAUGUAGGAGCAGAUAAUUUAGGAAGAAAAUUUAUGCAUGAUGCUAUGCCUCCUUUGUACUCCAAUGAAGAAGCUGAGAGAUCUUCUAAAUUUGACGGAGAUUUUCUAAGGAAUGGGAAGGUAUUUAAUAGAAUCGAAAUUGAUCUGGAUACAAAAAUUCGUCUUUUACGGUACUAUGCAAUUAGACUUGUUAAAGAUGGCGAUACAUACAAACUGUUUUAUUGCACGGACAAUGCCAAAAUUUACCAUGGAGAAGAAGAGCAGUGGCUUGAAAUUGACAGUUCUCUGAUUCCUGGAGUUGCGACGUUACAGAAAAAAUAUCCUGAAUUUAUUGCUGUUCAAGAUAUACCUGUUGAAGAUAUUACUGCCAAACUUCAGUUUGUGUCUGACCUAUGGGAAAGAGGCUUGAUAGUUACUGAAGCUCCUUUACCGAGCGCGUCUUCUGAUGUUGAGAGCGAUGACAGCAGUGUUGAUAACAGUAGCGAAUUAGUAGAGUCGGCCAGUGAUUAAAGGGACUGUAUUUUUAUUAACUAUAUGUUUUGAUUAUAUUCAUUUUGUUUUAAAAUAUAUAUGGUUAUAUUAUUGUAAUCUGUCUCAUUUAUCAGUUCAGAAUCAAUAAAUACCUAUGCAUUAAGUUUA